AUGGUAACAGGAAGUGACUUUACAAGAAAGAAGAAAAAAACACAAAUACGCAUCCCAGGCAAUGAUGGGACUCAGCUUGUGAUGGCGCGGGCAGCUGUUACUAUAUCCAUGCUUAUAGAGGCGACUUAUUGGUGCACACAUCUUCCCCCUCUUCUCCACACCUCACCCACACCUUACCACCUCUCCCUCACUCCCUCACAGCUUCCCCCUCUUCUCCACACCUCACUCACACCUUGCCACCUCUUCCUCACUCCCUCACAGCUUCCCCCUCCUCGUUACAUCCCACUCACACCUUGCCACCUCUCCCUCACUCCCUUACAGCUUCCCCCUCCUCUCCACACCUCACCCACACCUUGCCACCUCUCCCUCACUCCCUCACAGCUUCCCCCUCCUCGUUACAUCCCGCUCACACCUUGCCACCUCUCCCUCACUCCCUCACAGCUUCCCCCUCCUCGUUACAUCCCGCUCACACCUUGCCACCUCUCCCUCACUCCCUCACAGCUUCCCCCUCCUCGUUACAUCCCACUCACACCUUACCACCUCUCCCUCACUCCCUUACAGCUUCCCCCUCCUCGCUACAUCCCACACACACCUUGCCACCUCUCCCUCACUCCCUUACAGUUUCCCCCUACUCGCUACAUCCUACUCACACAUCUCCCUCACGACCGUUCCCAGCCAACCUAA